AUCAUUGCAUCCCUUGAAUAUUACCUUUCAUGUUAAUAGGUUAUAUCUAUCGCAGGUCAUCUGAUUUUGGCCCUUCAUGCAUAGCCAUCAGUUUGAUAACUCCCAUCCUUACUUGUUAGAUCCCAAACAGAAAUUUGUCCUCCAAGCGAUAAUGUUUUUUCGUAGCAAUUCAUCUACUUUAAAUAAUAUCCUCCCUACUGCUAAAAAUUGACACUAAUAAGCUUGAUAAUUACCAUUCUUUACAGACACAGCUCUAGCAGAAAUGGCAUUGCAUAGGCCACUCUGAAAGGAACGCACACAUGAAUUUUAUACACUAGGUCCAAGAAAUCACAUCAAUUUUGCAACUAUGCAUAUGCACAUAUAGUUCCAAGAAUUGCUGGUGUCUAUAGAAUUGCACAAUGACUGCACAAUGCUAUCUUCUUAAUUCUAAGAACAACUUAUUGAAUUCUCACAGGCCGGUCUUCUCAGAUAAGAAUCCUCAAACUGUAUGUGAAAUCACUACCAAAUCGUCUUAUGUUCUACUUGAAAUAAUUACUUCCGGUCCUUUCUCAUACAUAUAUGUCUGUACAGGAAGGUUUAAAACUCUUAGGGUCAUGCAUAAUUUAUCAACACUCUCACGAUUCUUCCAGGUUUUAUUUCUGCAGGUGUUAAUUUUGUUGAUUUUAAGGCACCACUGGUUGUGGUGGGGAUGCAACCUGCACCUGAUGGACAACCAACAGGUGCAGGGAGCUUCUCUUGCUUCAUUUGCUUCCAUCCUGAAGAUGUUUGACAAAAUACCACAGUUAACUAGCUCUGCCUCUACAGCAAGGAUGCAAAAGGAUGAUCAUCCAUUUCCUGGGUUUUUUUUUACCUUGGUGCCUUCCUCCAACCAUGCCGCCCUCUCCGUCUGCGUCUCCUUGGCAGCGGCAGGCCAUGAGACAAGGAGGAAGCGAUGCAGCUUGACGAUGGGGCCUCUCCGCGCUGGCCCCUUCCUCAUCUCUCUCAGCACCAUCAUGUUCUCACUGUUGAGCAGAAAUGGGGAAUUGAGUACUGCUAGAAAGUUGAGCUGCCUACUAGGGUGCAAUAACUAAAGCAUGAAAAGCAAAGCCUGGGCAGGAGAGGAGGAUUAAGAGCAAUCAAUUUGGGCUAACUAUGGCAAGUGGAAGUUUUUCUCGCCGUGGAAGUGGCCAUCGUGCUGGUGGCGGCCGUGGACAGUCAUUGGCUCGUCCUCGAGAAAUUCACUUCCCUAAUCACAUCAUUGACUUGCCAAAAGAUGAUCGAAGCAGAGGAACAAUUCCUAACAUAGUAAUAUUCUUUCCUUCUUGUAAUUGGUUUUUUUACUACACAUGAAUAAUUCCUAAAUUUACUUACAUACAAUUUAGCUUAUCGACAAUAUUAGAUGGCUGAAAGAUAUUAUCGAAACUCUAGGUGGUACUUCUCCUUUAGUGCAAUCCGAGAUAGUUAGUUCACGGAAUUUUAAGAGUAAAAAUCUCUUUUCAAGUACCCGUUCGAGAAACAUAGGCCAACCGGAUGAGAGUAUCAGGAUAGCUCAUCCCGAUGGUUUCAAUUGCCGCAUGGGAUCAAUUAGCACCAAGUAGGGUAACAUUUGAAAGGAUUGCCAUGGAGGCCUACCUACAACAGCGAUCAUGGGUACUUUGUGCUAGACUUGUCAAUUUUCGAAUAAAGGCCCUCGAGGAGGGAGAAACUUGAGAGGCUUUGUCAGCUGAAUCAAUAUGACAUGGUAUGGAACAUAUCUAAUCAUCCUUUUAUCUUUAACUAUGUUACAUCUUUUAAAUUUUAUCAUGUUAUUCUCUUCUUUUAGGAUGUCUUUGGUCAAACCUUAGUGGCAAUGAGCUUCAUGUGAUUCUGGCUCAAGUCUUAGAUAUGUUGAAUUAUAGUUAUACCGAUGGAAACCCGAUAUGCACCAAAGAUUUCAAGCUCCAGGCUCAUCUCACUUUUUACAGGCUAUUUCAGUUGGCGUCAUCUCCAUGGUUCGAGAUUUAUGGCAGUGCAUGUGACCGUCCUUGUGAUGUGUUAGAGAGUGCACUAAUUCAUGCUCUAGCUUAUAUUGAUGAAGUUCUAGACUUUAUGAUUGGAGACUUAAGCUAUGUGGCAUAUCUACGUAAGCAAAGUGAAUUAUUAAAUAUGUAGCAAGCAUGGAUUUACUCCUACCAUACACUUUUCUUAUGGAUUUGAACUUGUUAU